AAUUUGGCAGUCAUGUCGGUUACAUUUUGUCGUAGGAUUCGGAAACGUUACGCUACGUGUGAACAUUGGUGAAUUGGUGACGGUUUCGACAGGUGACGACGUGUUUCGGCUGGAAGGCUGUAGCUCACAUACUAAGCCUUUUUUUACUUCUCUUAUAAAUGUUUUAUUAGGUUUUAUGGGGUAUAAUAUUAAUAAUCUGAAUAGCAUUGUGUGUAUAAUUCACAAUGGCCAAGUUCGAUUUGACUUCCCGUAUGGGUCAGUAUUUAGACAGACAUUUGAUUUUUCCACUUCUUGAAUUUCUAUCUGCUAAACAGAUAUAUGAUGAAAAUGAAUUACUUCAAGUAAAGUUGGAUAUCCUGAGCAAAACAAACAUGGUAGAUUAUGCGAUUGACAUUCGGAAGCAGCUGUAUCCAAAUGAAGACGUUCCAGAGGAUAUGACAAACCGACGUCUUCAUGUGGUACACCAGCUGAAAGGAUUUAAUGAGAUAUGUGAUCCAGUUCUGUCACUCAUGUCAGAUGAUGAAUUAAUGAAGAAGAUGGAAACCAUGAGGGAUUCCAGAACUCUGAUGAAUUUUCUUCAAGAAGAACUCGGUUGUGAGGCCAACAUGAUGGAGAGCAUGUACAAGCUGGCAAAGUAUCGCUAUGAAUGUGGAAACUACUCCCUCACCACCAGCUAUUUAUACUUCUACAUUCUUGUCAUGCCGACAAGUGAUAAGAAUUAUUUAAAUGUGUUGUGGGGAAAACUUGCUUCUGAGAUUCUGUUGCAAAACUGGGACACAGCAUUGGAAGACCUGAACAAACUCCGUGAAUAUAUUGACAAUAACUCAUUUGGAUCAGCUCUGCAGAGUUUACAUCAACGAACUUGGUUUAUUCAUUGGAGUCUGUUUGUUUUCUUCAAUCAUGAGAAAGGAAGGGAUCUUGUUAUUGAGAUGUUUCUCUACAGGCCACAGUACCUGAAUGCAAUCCAGACCAUGUGCCCUCACAUCUUGAGAUAUCUGGCCACUGCUGUUAUCAUCACUCGGUCUAGACGAAGUGCUCUCAAGGACUUGGUGAAGGUUAUCCAGCAGGAGUCCUACACUUACAGGGACCCCAUCACUGAAUUCGUUGAGCAUCUGUAUGUGAACUUUGAUUUUGAUGGUGCUCGCCAGAAGCUUCAUGAAUGCCAGAUGGUUCUGUUUAAUGACUUUUUCCUUAUUGCUGUUUUGGAUGAAUUUGUUGAGAAUGCCCGACUUAUGAUUUUUGAAACUUUCUGUCGUAUACAUCAGUGCAUCAGCAUUGGGAUGUUAGCAGAGAAACUGAACAUGAAGCCAGAAGAUGCUGAAUGCUGGAUUGUGAAUUUGAUUCGGAAUGCACAUCUCGAUGCCAAGAUUGACUCUAAGCUUGGACAUGUCGUUAUGGGAACACAGCCACUGUCUCCAUAUCAGCAGCUCAUAGAGAAGAUUGAUUCCCUGUCUGUUCGUUCUGAAGCCCUCCAAAACCUAAUCGAAAGGAAGCUGAAAGCUCGAACACAAGAUAUGCGAUGGGGAGCCCAAGACUUUUAAGGCAAACAUUUUGCAGUAUAUAGUGCUUGAGUCAGUGAUCUAGUGAUCGCUAGUGAUUGUGCUGAGUGACAGUCCAUGUGAAACAAUCAGAGUAUGGGAGACUUGUCCGAUUUUGAAAGAGGACAGAUCAUUGGUGAGUGUUUAGCUGGACCAUCUGUGACAAAAACCGCCACGUUAUUAGGUAUAUCGAGAGCAACAGUUUCUAAGGUUAUGUUGGCAUACAUGAAUAAUGGGAAGACAACAUCAGAGAAAGAGAAACAGUGGGUGAAAAUCAGCAAUGACAGAAAGAGAUCAUUGUACAUUGAGGAGGAUUGUUUACAAAUAUCACCCAUCAUGGCCAAAUUACUCCAAGGGAGUAUGUGGGUAGGUUGGUUAAUCAGGUGCAUCCCAUGAUCCAGUUGUUAUUUCUGAACAAUGAGGCAGUUUCCCAAGAUGACAAUGCCUCCAUUCACACAGCUGGAACUGUUCAGUCAUGGUUUGAGAAGCAUGAAGGUGAACAUCAGUGUCUUCCUGGACCAGCACAAUCACCAGAUUUGAACAUCACUGAACAACUCUGGCCAGUUUUGGAGACUAGACCGAGGAACAGAUUCCC